UAAAAUUUUUACAUGAAAUGCCGGGAAAACGUUUCUAAUUUACUAGAAUAAAAAAAAAUGACAGUGAACUGAAAUACCAUCGUAUUACAACACGAUGAAUGUUUUUCAUUAAUUGAAAGAUGAUUUAUUGCACAGAGUUUGUUAUUCUGCAGAGUGCGCUUCAAUUGGUGGAUAAAGUUCAACAGAAUGGACAGAAUAUAUCGUGCAAUGAGGACAGAGCAAACUCAUCUGUUAAUGUGUUGAAACUAGCUGUACAGGAAAUUGUACAGGGUGUAGAGGAAGACAAUGAACCUGAGGAACAGUUGGCGUGGAGUAAGAGAAUACACUGCACUGUGCUCUACAAAGUGUUGACAUUACAUUACGAGGAAUCAUUGGAGAAACUAUCUGUUGAAAUAAUUGAUGAUUUCUCAGAUGGACCAAUAGAACCCCAGAAAAUUGACAGCCGGGAUGCCCUGUCAAGCAUUCUGUCCCCUGUCAGUCUGUCCCUUUACUUCAAUAUUGUGCAGCAGUGCGACUGGUUUCACUUCUUUACAGAGACUUUAAGCCAUUUAAAAGAAGACUUGGCAUGUAGGCUAAUAAAGGAUGGACUAAAACAUCUACAACAACAAGAAAACUACAAAACAUGUGAUCUCAAAUUAGGAUUCUGUUUCCUUGAAUAUUUGGUGUCAUAUUUGACAUCAGGUGUUAACACAGACACUGCUAAUGAGGCAUUGACUAUAUUACCAGAUGUAGUGUUACAGUGUUGUAAAGUAAUAGACAGUCUAGAUGAAAAUUCUAUGCAGAGUGAAGACGUCAAUGUUUUAGCUACUGGUUUUCACCAAACCUCUUUAUUACUGUGUUUUUGUAACGGAGCAAACUCAGCUGAAGACUUACAAAACUGGUUUCUUGGGAAUACCAUAGCCAAUAGAAGAAGUGAUUCUGAAUCUGAAAACAAUUUUAACUUUAGAGAUUACUUAGGGAAUUUUACAAGAGAUAGUACAACAGAAUGCUUUCUUCUGUUAAACAGGGAGACUGUUGCUUAUUUAAGGGAGAUUUUAGCAUUGGAGACUCUACUUACCUUCUUAAUUAAAUUGAUGUCUGUUGGGGGCCAGGCACUAAGUUGUUCUUUGCUGGGUUCUUUAACAUCGGAGGCAGAACAGAGAUUCAUCAGUGUAUGUGAGACAACAAUCUUAAUGCAUCCAGACAAUUUGAACUCAAAACCAACCCCAACCCCAUCCAAGGUCAGUGUGAUGGUUGACAGCAAGAACUUGUGCAGGCAGGUGAUUGAGUCGCUCUCGGAAGCAUGCAAGAACAGUGAUGUUAGAGACACUUGUGAGACGAUUCAUAAUUACUUGUCCAGUCUGUUAAAAAGUGUGACCUUCAAUAAUGACAUAUUUCCUGACAUUUGUAUCACUGCAGCCAUAUGGAGAAUUCAAGAGAGACAAACAGCAUUUAAGGACAUACUGCUGAGAUUUGUGAAGAGUCCAGUUGCUUCACUUUGGUCAUGUGACAAAUUGCUGUCUGUUUUACAAUCUCAACCAGAAAUAUUAGCAGAAGAGGAAAUAAUGCUUCACUUGUAUGACCUUGUUUGGAAGCUCAAUGGUACACUAGCCAAGCCUCACUUGAACAAAUUAAUUAAGCUGGUGUUAGACAGCUUCGGCCAUCUGGACUUCUCUUCCUGUGGUAAGCAUGUCCUACAUGUGUACAGAACCUACAAACAGUGGCCAAACCCAAACCCAAUUGCUCCCCAGUCCCUCAACCAGACCCUCAACAAAAUCACUGCAGGAAUAGCAGGAAAGGUUCUGUUAGAAGUUCUUCAAGCUGCCUUACAAGAUGCAGACUUGAUUAUGGUACAGCUUUUGGAGAGAGCUGCAGGCAGUACACAACAGGCAGACAUAGUAUGCUCAAUCCUCCAAACUCUUCGUGAGUUGUGUGUUUGUCCAGAUGAUUCAGGCAGGAGCAAGCUUUGCAGUAAAAUGGAUUCGUUUCUCACCACUCACUCCUUUAACCAAAAGGAACAGGAUAUUGUAAUCAAAUUUCUGCAAAGUCUUAUAAAGUCAAGUCCUGAAGCAGAUCCUGUGCUGAAUGCAGAAGAAUUCUACCUGUCUGUGAUAGUGCCCCAUCUCUCACUACACAGACCUAACCACAGUGUGCUCGGAGUGAGACUAGCUCUAGAUCUGGGAACAAUGUUACUGGGAGAGAUCCUCAACCAAGGGAAGUCAAACCUGGACCUUACCCUCAGCCUGGUCUUGGCUGCUGAAGUUUUAGACAACUGUAGUGUUCUGUGGUGUGAUGACACAGAGAAAGUCACUGUAAAACAGAGACUGGUGGCUUUUCUCAACCAGUUGAGUCAAUUCCAAAAAUUGGAGACAACAUUUUGUGUAAAUUGGAUUGUGAAGGUUACCAUGGACUAUGACUGUGCUGUAAGGAUGGCCAUUCUACAAGUCUGUCUGACUGAAGAAGAAUUCCAUGAUGUUUGUGAUAUCUUGUGCCAUGACCUCUUCCUCGCAGACAAGGAUUUGGAUUAUGUGAACAUACUGAGACUAGCAGCUGUGAGUGAGACUCUGUGUGAUAGGAUAGGAAGUUAUUGUCAGCAGAAACUAAAUUACAACAUACUGAUCCUGACACUCUUACAGGUAGGGCCCCAUUUGAUAACAGAGGAGUGGAUUCGUAUGUUUAAGUUUCUUAGGAACUUGAUCUCAGUAAGACAUCUCAAUGUGUCUGUAAGAAUGCAUGGGAUUCUUCCACUGGUUAACCUAGAAGUAGGUUUAUCAACAUCCCUGCCCCUUUCCCAGUUGUUGAGUGACUUUCUAAAGCUUCAGAGGUAUAUGUACUCAGAGGACCAGAGGAGUCCAGCUGCUACUGAGUAUUGUAUCCGGUCAGCCAUGGCAGUGUUCAAGAAUGUUGUCAUGGAGGAUAUUACAUCCAUACCCCCGCAAUGUUGCCUGUUUCUGCUGACUCAGAGCUUUUCACAUAUUAUCAUGGCAACAGGAGAGAAUCCCACCGAGAUGUUGGACUCUGUGAAUAUCCUACUCUUGGACAUUGUGUGUCAAAUUGAGGAACUGUCUAAGGGGAACUCUGGUACAGCAUUCAGAGACCAAAUGUCGGGGAUACUUCAUACAUCCCAUUCUAUUCGAAAUGCUGAAACAAAAGAGAUGGUGCAGAAAAAAAUAUUCUCAUUUUUACAGUAAUGUGUUCUUUAUGUCAAAACUGUCAAUGUUUUGGAUAAGCAAAAGCUUGUUAUAUUAAGUUAAAUCUCUCUACAAAGGGAGGAAAUAUCCCUUUUAAAGAGAACCACUAAAACGAAUGCAGUGAAUCAAUAAUUUUAAAGUAUUCUUUUACAAAAUUGUCCAGUUAAGGAGUAACUUUUGUAAAAUUUCUUCCAAUAGAAUUUUAAUAAAUUAGAUAAACUUUU